AAACCUCCUGAGGAUGCUGCCCUACCACCCGAUGCUGUAGACCCCCCUGACAUGCGGUGCUAUCCACAGGCCCCGCCCUAUACACUAAACCCACUGCCCGACAAUCGAUUUAGACGCCGCUAUAGGUAUGCUACAGCUUACUAUCCUCGUGAUGCACCGCAUCUCCGUGACCGAUACUGCAAAAUUACCAUACCACCCAACAUCUCUCAGCCCCAGUUUGUCAAUGGCAAAGCCGCCCUAGAGCCAGUUCCUGGAAUGGUGAAAAUGGUACCAGGUAUUCCCUACGUCUACGAGGUUUGUGGGGACCCUGCAAAGAUCGUCACUGUGGGCUGUGCCCAUACUCUGGAAUCUCUCCAGGCCUAUCCAGAGCACGCUAGUAUACACCAGCUUGUGGAUAAACUUCAACUCCUGACUUGGGGGGACAAAGGCUCAGCACCCAGCAUUCGUGCGGUCUACCAGUUGCCUGAGUUUAAACGCAACGACCGAUCAUCAAAACCCCAGGAAGGCUCUCACGAAGGCUCUUACAAUCUCGCCAGUACGGUCAUCAAGGGACAGGGACAGGGCACCCUAGCUCCUGCUGUGCAGACAGACACGCAGGAAGCUCGCCAUCAAAUCGGCAGCAUUCUAAAGAUACUUCAUGACCUGUAUGCCCUCAUUCUGCCCCUGAGCAUUUCUGCGGAUGAGUGGGAUGUACUAGAGUACGUCAUGGCAGAGCAUAAUGUGUUCACUUUUGGAGAAGGUGGGGUAGGCCCAGUAGGCUGCCAGCUUAAUAUCUCCUCCAUGGAUUCUGGAGGUGCUCUUAUCAAAGCUAUUGGCGGUGCUCAGGGAUCUUGGCACGUUGAUGCUGGAGAUGAUCCGAUGACUCAUACUUUGGUGACAAUGCUGCUGCGAAUUCCACCAGGUAGUGAUCCUGGUGCAUUUUGUCUGGGUCGCCCAGGCCUUUAUGUCCGAGAAAUUGACACCCUAGUCAUCUUUCUAGUGUUCAAGGGAAAUGACAUUCAUUCAGGAUGUGCUCCCUGCCUGGACCCCAGUGGCCCAGGUAAUCAACUUUAUAGCGGGUUUGAGGUAUGGGAAAAUGCUUUUGGUCCCCAACUCCAGAAGCCAUGGAACCUCGCAGGUGCAGAGAACCGUGCAGUAUAUGUGUCUUAUAUUCCUCGGGCAGCCUUCCGACGCACAUCCCGCUGCAGUAUGUAUAGUGGCAGGGAUAUUGUGUUUGGCAAUGCCUGUGAUCCAGUUGCGGGAGCAUCAGAGAGGACUGAGCCCCAGAAUUAUGUCGAUCAUGGCAGGACUAUCCUGGGCAGCAGUUAUGAUGAACGUAUAACCAGGGAGAGUAUGAUGCAGGCCUGGAAU